AUGGCGUCGCGACUCUCUGCCUCCAACUCGUCCGCCUUCUUUUCGCAAAAUCCCGCGGCCUACUACUCGCAGUACGUGACCAUGGAUCCGCAAGCCCAGGUCCAGCCCCCGCAGCCAAUCCACGAGCAAGCCAUGUCGUCUCAGGCCCACGCGCCGCACCCGCGCCAGCACCACCCGCAACAACAGCCUCAGGCCCUGCACCACCAACAGCAGCAGCCACACGCCCAGACCAGAUCGGCCCAGCCACAGCCGACCCACAACCACCAUCACCAACAAGUCCCCGCCGAUCAACAACAAGUAAAACUGGAACAAAUUCCCGCCUCGCAAGCCGCAACCCCGGAGCCCGCCAAGCGCAAGCGCGGCCGCCCGCGCCUCAACCUCACCGACGAGGAGCGCGCCGAACGCGCGAAGCAGCAGCAGGCCGCCUGGCGCAAAGAGUACAAGCGCCGCCGCAUGGAGAAGGAGGCCCAGACCAAGGCUCGUCACGAGCACGGGGACGUACAGCAGCAGCCACAGCAGCAGACGCCGUCCCACCUCCAGCAACAACACCAUGCCAACGCCAUGUACCAGCGCCAGGCCGGUAACGGAACUACUGCAGGCACCCAGAGCCCGUUCUUCUCGUCAUCAGCCGCGGCUGCGGCAGCCACCGGCGAGCCUUUCAUCCACAGUUUCAACGGCCUCAGCAGCGCCGGCAGUGUAAACGGCAGCUUCUCCUCACCGAAUCACCAUCAACAACAGCAGCAGCAACAUCUCGGCGGACCCGUGGCCAUCGGCAGCGGCUCCAGCUCCUUUUCUCAAUCGCAACAACAUCUCCACCAGCAACAGCAACAGCAAUCCGCGGACGACAACCCCGAGUCGCUGCCUCAGUGGCGAGAUAUCGACAUCAACCUGCCCAUCACCGGCGACUUGGUCGUCCGCACCGAGACGGCCGAGUUCUCGUGGCGUGGAAAGGUUCCGGGGAGGCUGAAGGUCAUGUUCAUCCCGGACGACGGGGCUGUUGCCGCCUUAGCGGGGGCCGGUGGCGCAAGCGACGGAAGCGGCGGUGUUGGCAACGGAGGAGCGGGAGUGGGUGCAGGGCGGCCGAGUCCGACGAGUUGGAGGAGUGUGAACAGUUCGGAGUGA